GGGGCUGAAUUGGAGCAUGGCGGCGUGCUGGGCCGCCCGCUGCCUGCGGGGCAGGCGGGAAUGGCGCAGGUUCAACUCUACACUCUCUGCUUCUCGACUGACAUCAGAUGAAGUUAUUCGGAUGCGUAAUGAACUCUUUACCAAAGAGAAGGAGAGGCAGUUAUCUCUUUAUCCACGAAUUGAGAAAAUUGAAGUGAAAUACAUGGGAAAAUCUCACCCUGGCAGUGUGUUUGUAAUGAACAAAGCUUUGUCUACGCCAUACAAUUGUGCCAUGCAUUUAAGCGAAUGGCAUUGCAAGAAAUCUGUUCUAGCUCUUGUGGAUGGUGAAGUCUGGGAUAUGUAUAGACCCUUGACCAAGUCUUGUGAAAUUCAGUUCCUCACCUUCAAAGAUGAAGAUCCAGAGGAAGUAAACAAGGCCUAUUGGCGUUCCUGUGCCAUGAUCAUGGCAAAUGUGCUAAAGCGGGCAUUCAAAGAUGAGUACUCUGUGACUCUGGUUAAAUCUCCAGAAGUGCCAGUGAUCUCUGGAGCUUUCUGUUAUGAUGUAAUUUUGGACAAUAGACUGAAUGACUGGAAACCAGCAAAAGACAACUUCCGUUCUCUUACAAGGGAUGCCAAUAAGCUAAUUGAUAAAGACCUGCCAUUUGAAACACUGCAUGUUGAAGCAAAAGUGGCGCGUGAAAUGUUUCAGCAUAACAAGUAUAAAAUGGAGCUAAUAGAGCAGAAAGCUUCUCAGAACAUGGAAGGAAUUGUAGUAUUACAUAGGUUUGGUGACUUUGUCGAUGUUAGUGAAGGACCUCACAUUCCAAGGACAAGUUUCUGUUUCCAGUAUGAGAUAACAGCAGCCCACAUUCUUCAGACAAGUCAAUCUGAAUUGAUAAGGAGGUUCCAGGGCGUGUCCCUGCCAAUCCAUUUGAGGGCUCAUCACACUGUGUGGCACAAACUGCUGGAAAGAUCAAAGAAACUGGUCACUCAGGAAAAAAGUAUGGAAGCAGCAGCAGAAAGUCAAGAGGCAAAAGAUGAAACUGAAGAAGGAAAAACUCUAUCAAUGUAAUUUAACCUCUAAAUGUACAUAAAUAAAAUAGUGUGGGUUUGUU